CUAAUUAUAAAAUACAAAACACAAAACCCAGAUUUGAGUUCCACUAUUUAGAAAAGAAUAGACCCAAAAGACUUAAACCCCAUCUUCAAAAUUCCAUGGAGCAUCCAAUAGACUUAGAAUUAUUCGGUGAAGAUGAAGAAGAUGAAUACUCCCAUGAUAAUGAACAUCAUCAACAAGAUGAUGAUGAUGAUGAUGAUGCCCAACAAAGAGUUGGUGGUGGUGGUAAUCGUCCUUCAUCAUCCUCAGACUCAUCUCGUUCAUCGUCACCGUCCAAUUCAUCAUCUUCUUCAUCAUCAAGAUCGAGAUCUUCAUCGAGUGGUAGCGGUAGUAGUGGGAGUAGCAGCGAUGAAGAAAAGGAAAAUGGUGGUGAAGAAGUAGUGUCUAAUAGUAGAAAUAUUGCUAGGGAUAUAUUUGGGGAUGAACCUGAUGAUGAAGAAGAAGAUGAUGAUAAUGAUGAUGAUCUAUUUGGACCUGAUAAUGAAGAGUAUUGCAAAACUUCUGCUAUAAGCCCUCACCCUGUUCCUGUAUUGCCUCCAAUCCGCACUAACAAUCACCAAGAUAGAGGUGGAGGUGGUCGUGGCCGUGGACGAUGGCAAAACGAUAGAGGUAUACUACCUCGGCCUGGAUACCCUCCAAGACAAAAUUAUGGCUUUGGCAACAGAUUUCCUGUUAUACGAGAUGAACGCUUUGUUUCGGAGCUCAAGUUUUCAAAGAGCGAGGAAACACUUUCUAGAAAACCUAUACAGUUCCAAGAGCCUUGCGAACUUGCCUGCUAUAGUCGUGCUGAAGAUGGUGAUGUCUUCUUCGAUGAUCGCAGCUUGAGGCUUUUUAAGCGACUAAUCAGUGAAGAUGUGGGAGCAGAUCUGAAUGAAGGCUUUGAUACUUUCACUCCAAAAAAAGAUUUGGGCUCCCAGGGUUUUGGUGAUUUACUUAAUUGCAUAAGACAUAAAAGAAUUUCUCUUCAAAAUAUGCAUUUUGUGACUUUUCGCAACAACCUAAAUAAGAUUCUGGCCACAGCUUAUAUUAGGAAUGAGCCCUGGGAAAUGGGAGUGCACAAAAGAAAUGGAGUGGUCUAUCUUGAUGUUCACAAACUACCCGAAAGACCGCAAACAGAAUUGGAUCGCAGAAGGUGCUAUUGGGGAUAUUGCUUUGAGACCCUAGCAACUGAAGAUCCAAGGAGGGAUGACGGAGAGGGUAUACAUGAUAUUGAUGCCAACGUCGAGUAUUGUGCUGUGAUCAAAACAAAACUUGGCGCUCAUCGGAUAUUAAUGGGUGCUGAAAUGGAUUGUUGUGAUUCCACCGAUGAUGGGAGGAGGUUUUAUGUGGAAUUGAAGACAUCCCGAGAGUUGGAUUAUCACACCGAGGAAAGAUACGAGAGAGAAAAACUACUCAAAUUUUGGAUUCAAUCGUUUUUAGCAGGCGUUCCCUAUAUCGUUGUUGGUUUUAGGGAUGACUCGGGACGUCUUGUACGCACCGAAAGAAUGAGGACUAAAGAGAUUAAUCAAAGAGUAAAGAUGAAGAAUUAUUGGCAGGGGGGAGUUUGCCUAGCAUUUGCCGAUGAAGUAUUAUGCUGGCUUUACGGAACUGUUAAAGAGGGUGAAGACUAUUUAUUGCAGUUUGCUCCGCCCUUCAACCGUCUGGAGCUUCUACAGGCAAACUCGUGUCCGGAUGUGAUUACCUACCAUCUUGAGCAAUUGGGAUGACAUCUCCGAAGGCUAAUAUGUAUGAUAUAUAUACUGUUAUUAUCGAUGUUAUUUAGAUCUCGACAUUUAGCAGAAGUUAGAUGUCCCUCCCCAUCCAGAUAAGUUUAUUCUCAUAGAUGUGUAAUUUUCGCCGUCCUAAAAUGCAGUUUAUGUCAGCUGUAGUUAAGCUGAUGACAAUUUUGGCUUACCAGUUCAUCAGCCUUUCCUUAGGCUAAUGUAAAGUGAGUUGAGCAUUUUGGAGAACUUCAUCUAUGUAAUCACCAAAAUAUUACAUUCAUUGUUAUGAUCAUCGUAAUGAUAUUUUAUUACCGCCAAUGCCACCAGAGGCUUUUUA